AUGAGGCUUAAGUGGCCAUUCUCCAAGAAGAAAGAUCUUUGGGACGUGCAGAAGAAGAGUGCCCCAUCCGAUAUGUCGAGUUCUGAGUAUUCGUUUGAUUACGGCGAUGAUGGUAAUUAUGAUUAUCGCCAUUAUGCCGAUGAUAGCGAAGAAGGCGAAGAUGGCGAAGAUAGUAACGAUGGAGAUGGUGGUGACGAUGUUGACGAUGUUGACGAUGUUGACGAUGUUGACGAUGGUGACGAUGGUGACUAUGACGACGACGAUGGCGAUGGCGAUGACGAUGGGACUCAAACGGCCAUCUCCGCUCAGCAAUUUCGGGCUGGACAGAAUCCCAAACCAAACGAUAAAUUCAUCGCCGUUAUGGGCGUGACAGGCUCGGGCAAGAGCUCAUUUAUUUCGUUACUAACAGGAGGGAAGGCUAAGAUCGGCUCAGGUCUCGAGGCUUUAACAUCGAAAAUCGAUGUGUAUCCCUAUACUGUAGCUCCAGACCAGACAGUGUAUCUCAUUGAUACGCCUGGAUUUAAUGACACCUACAAAGAUGACACGAAGAUUCUGGUCGAGAUCACUUCUUGGUUGACGUCUUCAUACAAUAACAACGUCCAUUUGAAUGGCGUGGUUUACCUGCAUGAUAUUACACAAGGAAGAAUGUACGGUUCUUCGUUGAAGACCCUGAGAACGUUCAAGGAGCUCAGUGGCCCCGAGGCUAUGGCAAAGGUUAUCCUGACAACUACCCACUGGGAUAUUGUUGCUGGUGGCACUCAUACCCAAUGUGAGGCUAGAGAAAAGCAGCUCAUUGAAACCGAAGGUUUCUGGGGUUCAAUGGUCGAAAAGGGAAGUCAGAUUGCACGCCAUGACAAUACGAAAAAGUCAGCAGAGAAAUUAAUAAGUUCUAUCCUUGGCCAAUCUCAAGUAACUCUGGCGGUGCAAUCUCAAAUGGUUGACGAGAAUCUGAACCUAUCUCAGACCAGCGCUGGAAAGGCUUUGGGGAUGGAUCUAGCCAAGAAAAUGGAAGACAAUUACCGGCAACAACUAGAGCAGUUGAAGCAGCUCAGAAUGGACAAGAAACAAAGCGACGCGGCACGGAGAAGGGCACAAAGACGACAUCGAAAAGAGCUUGCUAAAAUGCGAAAGCAGCUCGAGGUAACCAGUCGUGAAUUGAACGAACGUAUGGAACGUGAGAUCGCAGCAAGGGAAAAGAAACAUCGACUUGAACUGGAACAGUAUCAACGCGAACAAGUGAGGCUAUACGGUCAGCAGAAAAAAGAGUCUCGCCGUGAGAGACAAAUCCCCGAGAAGCAGAUGCAGGUUUCAGAGGAAGAGGUCUCAGAGAAUGAGUCACAGAGUGAAUCGGAGAACAACAAUGAGGAAGAGGAAGAAGAUGAUUAUUGGGAAGAUGAAUCGGAGGACGACGACGAGGAAGAAGACGAGGAGGAGGAAGACUAUGAGUCGCAGGAUGAAUCAGAUGACGACGAAGAGGAAGAGGGAGAGAGCUAUACUGAUUCAGACAGCUCUUCUGAUGACAACUUCAACCACGACAUGAACCAAGUCGCCAAAGCCACUAAUAACCGCCAGGCCAGAAAGAAAUUAACCAAGGUGCAUGGCCGUACAAAUAAUAGAAUGGUCGACAAUUUCGCAACCUCCAUCAGUGGUUACGGAAUCGACACCUCCAUGGUUAUCAAUAACAACGGCGUUACUGUGAAUGGUCUUCGAGUUCCAUAUAAUGGAGGCUCCAUCAGUGUUGUAAAUGGCAAGGUUUUUGUGAAUGGUAAGGCCGCGCAAGGCGGUCGUGGUGGAAGAAGAAACCCGGUAUUCCACUUCUGA